UGAAAUGUCAAGCUGGUAUAUAAAAUUACACCACGUGCCCCUCUGCUUCUGUUAUAAUAAGAGUUCAUUGUACAUGAGAAUUUUGGUUUAUUUACACAGACGAGCAUGUGGGAAUAUUCGUUAACUUCGUUAUGAUUAUUAAACCUGGUAUGUAGUAAAUGCCACGUUAAGACUUUCAUGUUCACUAAUUUUCGGAUUCUGCAGAGGAAUUGCAGAACACAGGCAAUCGAUAGCAGACGACACAAUAUCUGCGUAAUGUUUUAGGAGAAUAAGUGAUAUUAUCGAUGGAUCUUUAUUUUUUGGCACCAAAUUGCAGUUUUAGGAAACAUAGUAAAAUUACCGCUUGGAUUUGUACUUUAACAUCUGUGAUAAGGAAUCAGUAACAAAAUCCAGAUCGACGAAGGACUAUUAAUUUAAACCUUCUGUCAUUUUUCACAAAUGCAGACGAGAACUUUAAGGAGAUAACGCACGCUAUGUUGAAUACUUAUCUAAUAUUUGAUCUCACAAACAGCUGAUUUGGCGAUUUAACAUGUGAAAUUCAACAUGUAAUAAAAAGAUUUUCUUUUAUUGGAUUAGAUCUACAAUGUUUAAAAGUGACUCAUUUAAAUGUUCAAAACAAAAUGUUUAGGGUCCGCAUAAUGUUAUGCAUACUAAGAGUUAAAUGUUGAUUUCGACACAACACAAUGAAAUAAUUUGUUGAAUAAUAUAUAGUAAACAAGAGAUCAGCAUAGGAAUGUUAUUUUGUACGGGAGAUAAAAUUCGUACGGGAGAUAAGAAAAAUAACUGCACAUGGUGCCUAGAUAAGAAAUCAGAAAUCAUUUAUAAAUACUGGAUUUAUAAAUAGAAUGUGUCACGUGUAUACAGCCGCUGGAUGCGAAAUGGAAAGACGUGCAUACGACACUACGUUACGUCAGAGUCAUAUUACAAAGAAAAUGACGUAUCCUAGAAGUCUUACGUAAAAUUAGGUAUUCAAAAGAGUUAUCUGAAGAUAACGUAGUGGUUGUGAGUGACGUCAUGAGGUUUUUACGGAUCAAAUUCGUGAAAUACUUCACCUACGUGUCCUUGAUAAUGUGCCUGUCCCUCGUCUUCUCUUUCAUGUGGCUUGAAAAGUCAUCACAAGAUGUGUUCUACGAUGGACCCAUAAUGUUUACGAAUAAAAAGCAAACUUUACAACGAUCUCAAACUGCACAGUAUUUGACAGACCCUCAACUUAACCCGGUUCUUAGAACGUUUAGCUGUGAUAAAUUAUUCCAGGGCGAUAACUCGGAGAUAAAUCGUGCCAGUGAUUACCUUAGAAAUGUCCGGCAUUUUAAAAACCGUGAAGACGAUGAAUUUAGACUGUUGUCGCUAAACUGUGAAGAAUACAAGAAAUCCCGAGGAUUCUUUGCUGCUCCAGUAACAAAAUUAGAACAGGAUUUCCCAAUUGCCUACAAUAUUUUGUUUCACAGAAAUAUAGAACAGUUUGAACGACUUUUACGUGCAAUAUAUAGACCACAGAACCAGUAUUGUAUACAUGUUGAUAAGAAAACGCCAGACGACGUUUUAGAAACGAUGGAACUGUUAACUGACUGUUUUGACAACGUGUUCAUAGCAUCUAAACUUGAAUAUAUCAUAUACGCAAGUUAUACGCGAUUAGUUGCAGACAUUAAUUGUAUGAAAGACCAUAUAGAACGAAAUUUUGAAUGGAAAUAUCUACUCAAUAUGGCCGCCAGCGAGUUCCCUAUUAUGACGAAUUUACAAACAGUUCAAAUAUUGAAUGACUUUAAUGGAGCUAAUGAUAUACACGAAGUAUUCAUUACUAUGGACAGUCAAAGAUUUAAACAAAAACAUUUUACUUACAUCGAUAUAAAGAGUAAAUCUGGGUACAUCAUACAUACAAAAAAGGCCAAAGAAGGUCCGCCGUACGGCUUAAAAAUUACAAAGGGCAAUGCUUAUAAUGUCUUCAGCCGGGCAUUUGUUGAGUUUGUCCUCGAGGACGAGAGAGCUCGGGCUUUGCUAGCAUGGUCAGCUGAUACGUUAACUCCCGACGAACAUUACUGGGCAACUUUGAAUAAUCUGUACAGUAACCCAUUUCUUGAUACACCCGGUGGUUUUAAAGGUGAUCCCGAUAAGAAGCCGUUCUUUGGACGUUAUAUUGGAUGGAACACCACUAAAUUAUUAUCAAGAUGCAAAGAAAAACAUUACGUGCAUAACGUCUGCGUGUUCAGUGCCCUUGACCUUCCAGCAUUAAAAGACAGAUAUGAGCUCAUCGCUAAUAAGUUUGACAUUGAAUAUGACCCCAUUGCUUACAUGUGUAUGGAAGAAUGGAUUCAUAAUAAAACGCUUAAUCAAGUGGGCAUUAUUGACACCAAAAAAUACAAGAAAAUUGCAAUUACUAGCUAGUCCUUAUUUAUUGAAUGUUACUCUUUCAUUUUUUUACAUUUUUUGAAGACGGGUAACAUUGAAAUAAAAAUCUAAAAAAGU